UUCAUUCGUCUUUUGAAUUCUGAACGCAACGGUUCGCUUAGCUCCCGCUACCGCUCCACACGGCCUGGCCGAAAAGCGCAGUCCAUUGAAGAGUUUAAAAAAAGAAACAGUUACAAAGUUGUGCAAAAUCUCGGAGCAGAAAUAAAAGAUUAAACAAGUGAUAAGAGAAAGAGACAGACAGACAUUUAACUCCUACACCCGGCUAGCAAGACCAGGGUAGAGUGAAAGAGAAAAGUGCAACGCAAAGAGAGUGCAAAGUGCAAGACUAAACCACAAAGAAAUGGAUAUGAAUAUGGAUACCCUGCUGCUGCCAUCGCCGCCAGCAACGCCCCCCCUCAGGGAAAAUAAAUUGGAAAAUGUGGUCAAGGACGAGCAACAGGUGAACGAGAAUCUGCUGAAGGCCAAGCUAAAACUGGUGGCCCAGAAGAGCCAGAAGAAUGGCGGCGGCAUCAUCACACCGAAUCCCUCGGACACUGAGGAUGAGGCCCCAGAAAUGGAUGAAGUGCCCAGCAAGAAGCCACGUCUGGAACAGCCUGCGAUGACCAUGACACCGCCGCCCGACCAACAAAAGCCCGAGGAAGAGGAGGAGUCCAAGAGCGAUGAUGAGCCCAAACGCGUCAGUGUCAUCAUGCGGGUCAACAGCUCGGGCGCCGUCUCCUCCUCCCAGGAUGAUAACAGCUCCAGCUCCAGCUGCAGCUCCUCCUGCACUACCGCGACAAGCAGCACAGUCAGUCCCGCUAUGGAGGAUGACUACCCCGAGGCAAAUGUGUGGCGCAAUCUCAAGUUCAAGAUGAACCGCAAGAGGGCCGCUGAGGUGGCUUUGCCCCAGCCACCAGCACCUGUCCAAGCCCCAGCUCCAACUCCUGAACCAGCGGAAGAGCCGCAAACAGAGAAAACGGAACCCAUUGCCUUUGUGCCACCCUCCAGCAGCAUCCUUAUCGCCCCACCAGCCUCUCCAUCAAUCGCCUGUGCAUCCCAGCUGCUUCUGCUCAGCACAGUGGCCGCCCAACAGUGCCCAAACCCAUGUCCGCCACCUAGCUCUCAGGAAUCGCCGGCCGAGAAGCAUCAGCGCAUUACUGCCGCCCAGGCAGCGGCCACCCGGAGCCGCAUCUACGAAUGCACCUUCCCGGAUUGCGGCAAGAACUACUUCAAGAGCAGCCACCUGAAGGCCCAUCAGCGCGUCCACACCGGCGAGCGUCCCUUCGUCUGCAAGUGGGAGAACUGCGACAAGCGCUUCUCCCGCUCCGACGAACUGUCCCGUCACAAGCGCACCCACACCGGCGAGAAGAAGUUCCAGUGCGGCGUCUGCCAGAAGAAAUUCAUGCGCAGCGACCACCUAUCCAAGCACGUGAAGCGCCACAACAAGGACAAGGCCAACGGCGUCAACCGCAACGUCUCUGUAGCCUCCGCAUCACCUGCAUCCGUGGCUGCCCUCUGCGACCCCACGCUGCACCUGAGAGCCAUUGCCCCAGCGGCGGCCGUCUCCAGCUCAGUACAAACAUCGCUGCCAGUCACGCAAUCCUCGCCAGCCACGCUUCAGGUGUACAGUGCCCAGGAUCUGCUGCGACUGCAGCAGCAGUCGAGCGGCUUUAGUUUCAGCGGAGUGGGAACUCUUCUGCAGGCGCAGCGAUAGAGGAGGACCAGCAGAGAGCAGGAGGAACGCCAAACCAAUCUCAUCCCACAACACAGUAUCACCCACCAGCUGGAGAGCAGAAGGAUUAAGAUAGAGCAAGAGCGGAGCCCAGCUGGGGGUGUAGUCUUAAGAGAUAGAUUAAGAGCUAGAUCUUGUCAUCGUUUUGUGCAUAUAUCAAAUUAAUAUUCAGUAACCUUUGCUACGCUUCGAUCUGGUUCUGGAUCGCACGCGAUCCGUUCCAAUGAUCAGUGGCGGAGAAGCGGAGGCGCCACUUCUUUCUUUCCAAGGGCACAGAGCACAUCUUAGUUUAGCGAUCUUCUAAUUCUAAUUCUGAUUAUACCUAGUGCGUCUUUAUACACAUAUACGCGUAUAUUUAGCGGCAACAUCUGUGAUAUUUAAGUUUUCUUAACUAUUAACUAUUUUCUAUUGUAACAUAUUGUAGUUAUCGCUCGUACUCUUAAUUCUCCUAAUCUUACACAACACAACAAUUGUAUUUAUUGCUAAAUGUGGAAAA